AUGGCUGCAAAUCUCCAAGGUAAACCUUCAAAUGCAACCAGUCGUCCCACUACGAUUUCCAGAGUCUUAGACAAGCUUAGUGAAGUCUCAGGGUUCAACUUGAAUCUAAAACUUCCCUAUCCUCAAGCCACAAAUCCCAAAAAUGACCGCACCUACAUGCCCAAACGGAAUUUAGGCACUUCUCCUAUAAUGGCAUUCAACUUACAGACCAAAAUUUCGAAGAUAUUGAAAUCAGAGCAAAAACUAAGACAACAGAAACAACAACUUAUCGAAGACUUUAGAACGUGGGCUUCCUCUAUUGCAAAUCUAGAAUGUGAAACUAUGAUUAGUGAGUUCGGGACGUUACUAUUGAGUCAAGUUGAUACCAAUGUAACAUUGAGCGAAAAGCUAGAUGUUUUGAGAUUAAAUCUAAUCGAUGUACAUGAGCGAGAGAAAAAGCAAAAGGAUCUAUUAGUUACCAAGGAAAAGUUAUUACGACAGCUAAAGGAUUCUGAAGCCAAGUUUGGGCCUGGUGCUUCUGGAAGUACCCUUAUAAAAGAAAAAUUAGAAGAAAAUGUUUGUAAUUUGGAAGUUGUGGAAUUACAGUAUUUGAGGUCUAUCAAUAAAAAUCUAAAAGAGUCGAUUAUUGAAUACUUAGUGAGUCUCCAACUAACCACAUCCAUAUUAGAUGAAGCUACACAAGUUUACUACGGUUGCUUGCUUGCAAUUGAACAAGGGGUAUUCAAUAACUCCAACUCACACAAUAACAAUGGCAGUAAUAUAAGUGGAGUUAAUGUGCUUCCUACGCUUGGUCAACUGGAUACAGAAGGAUUAAGAAAAACUUCCCCAGUAAAAUCUAGAAAAGACUUCAUAUACCAAUCAGCAAACAGUGGGGCCGUUUCAAGUUUUAGAUCACAAGAAAUGCAAAAAGGUUCUACUACCAACAGUCCUAGUCGAAAAGCAUCAUCGUCUCCUUAUGAUCACACUCAUCAGAACGGCCCGCCAUUGUGUAGCGAAUGUUCAAAGCUAGAGAAAUAUAGCAGGAUUUUAACGCCAUGCACUCAUCCAUCCGAAUCUAGAGAUACGAAAGAGUAUUCGAUCGUACGAGAAUACAUGCCAAUGGAACAAUGGAAUUGA